AUGUCGCUGCCCUCCAAGAGCCGUCUCAAACGCCAGAGCAGAACACCGCCGCUCCGUCACCGAACCCCCGACGACGACCGUCCCCGUGACGACCCCGCGGAACUCUCCACCCAGAGCUCCGCCCCCGGCGUCCUGAAGAUCUUCGGAGAUGAGAUCUGCGAGGGCGCCAACUACAAGUCCGUCCUCGCCACGCCCCGGUCCAGCGCACAGGAACUGGUCAAAGAGGCGCUGGAACGCUAUUCGCUGAACAAAGCCUCCGCCCACUCCUACGUCCUCUGCGACGUGAUAGGACAGGGGGGAGGAGGGGGGUGGAGGACGGAGUGUCUGCGGGCGAUGGGCGACAACGAGAAACCGUUGUUGUUACAGGAACUAUGGAAGCCCAGAGAGGGACAUGCCAGGAGGUUUGAGCUGCGGAGGAGAGCGGAGGUAGAGGAGCUGAACGCUAAGGAGAAGGAUACAGUCACUGCAGGACCCAAAACACCCCCCUUCCUCGCAGCCCUAAUGGUCCGGUCUGGCCUAGGUAGAAUCAUCUCCUCCCCUCUGCGUUCCGGCCGGGUGGUACAGCCCAACACCCCUGGCUCUAAAGGUGGGCGUGGCCGGGUGGUACAGCCCAACACCCCUGGCUCUAAAGGACUGCCUGGUGUACCUGUUGAACAGAGAGCAGCACACUGGACUGGGUCAGGAGAGCACACUGUGGGUCAGGAGACCCCGUCAGCCCGUCCAAACAUCUGCCUGUCCUCUCCUGACAUCCUGCCACUCCACUGUCGCCUCCACCGGGUCCCUACCCCCGUCACCGGGGACGACCGCUCCUGCGUUGCCGUGGAGCCCAUCCCUCACGCGACGGUCCUGGUCAACUUCUCCCGGUGCGAGCAAUCCACCCAGCUCCGCCACGGCGACCUUCUGUCGUUCGGAGCCCACUACAUCUUCCUGUAUAAGGACCCAACCGGUGCCAAACCCCUCCCCGCCCAGACGCUGGCACGCCUCCGAACCCUGGGGCAGCUGUACGAGGCUGGGGGAGGGGGGGUGGAGACGGAGGGUGGGACGGAGGGGGGAGGGAUCUGUAAGACGUGUGGCUCGUUGUUAAAGGACAGGGGGGCGUUGUCCUCCCAAACCGGCCCCCCCGCCAGGCGCAGUUUCAAACCACACCUGGUGAAACCCCAAGGCGGGGGGGCGGGGGGGACAGGCGUCGUAACGACGAUCUUGGCGGGACAGAACCAGAAGAGACGCCUACAGCUCGACUUUGAACAGGCCCACGAGGACGCCCUGGUGAGCAGGAUCAUGUCUCUGAUCGAGCCGGGCGGAGACGACCACAAGUUAGCCCCUGCCUACCUGCUAUGUCUCUGCAUACAGCACUCUGCUUCCGCCUUCCCACCAGGCUGCUUCGGCAAAUUGCUGCUGAAGAUAGUACGAUGCAUACAGACCGUCUCCUGGGAGAAGACAAAGGAAUUGGCACAGAAGCAAGCUCAGCAUCAGGACCCGGCCUCCCUGUCUCUCCUGUCCAUCAGUGAUCUGAUCCCAGACCUGCAGGUCGUAUUCUUCUGGAUGUCCAACAGUAUAGAGAUCCUCUACUUCAUCCAACAGAAGGCCCCAGCAUACACACAGGGCAUAGAGACGCUCGACUCUAAAGGUUCCAAGGAGUCGUUGCUAUCGGCGACCAUCUCAGCCAAUGAGGAGGCUAUGACCAUCCUGGAGGAAGUGAUCAUGUACACCUUCCAGCAAUGUGUCUACUACAUCACCAAGUCCCUGUACGUAGUACUUCCUGGUCUACUGGACUGUAACCCAUUCCCAGUGGACAGCUCUGAACCCUGCUGGAGAGGAGGUACAGGGUUUCCUGAGCCCGUUCGCAGGGUCCUGCAGGUGUUCCAGUACAGUCAGGAGCUACUCCAGGGGUACCAGGUCCACCCAGAGGUCCAGGCCCAGAUGUUCUCCUACCUCUUCUUCUUCUCCAACGUAUCUCUCUUCAACCAGCUCAUGGACAAGGGUCCGUCGCGGGGCUGGUUCCAGCGCUCUAAGGUUCUCCAGGUACAGGCCUGUGUCAGGAUGGUUCUAGAGUGGACUAGGAAGGCGGGGCUUAGUUACCUGGCAGACAAGUUCUUCAACAAGUUCAACAGCGCUGUCAUAAUCCUGGCCACACCUCCUCAGCAGCUAACACAGAUGAGUUGGAAGGUGCUGUGUGCAGACCACCCCAGUCUGAAGCCCGUUCAGCUACAUGGCCUGUUGACUCAGUACCAGUUGACAGCUGAGAUGGGGCCUGUUCCAAUCUGGCAGCCCAGCAGUGAGGAUGAGGCAUACAUAUACAGGACAGUGGACCUUUUGGAGAGUUUCGAGAACCACCCCCAUCGUCCUCCCCAGCGGGGGUUCAGAGUGGACCUGGACAGUGACUGUCUAGAGGACAGCAUCUAUAGGCAGCUACUCUAUGUCAAACACUUCCUCUGGGGGCUACGCACACACCCACCCCACUGUCAACAACACACACACUCACACACACACCGCUGUCAACAGCACACACACUCACACACACCCCGCUGUCAACAGCACACACACUCACACACACCCCGCUGUCAACAGCACACACACUCACACACACCCCACUGUCAACAACACACACACUCACACACACCCCGCUGUCAACAGCGCACACACUCACAAUCACCCCGCUGUCAACAGCGCACACUCUCACAAUCACACCGCGGUUAACGGGACUGGAACGAGCACGAGCACCGGGACGAGUACCACCCCCGCAGACUGGCAGGAAGCACAGGUAGGUCACGUGAUGGACACACACACUCACACUCACACUCACACUCACACUCACACACUCACACACACACACACUCACACUCACACUCACACACACACACACACACACACUCACACACACACUCACACUCACACUCCUUGCAGUAAUCUGGGCCAUGUGCCUCAGCAGCUGUGGUUCUUUAGCAGUUACCAGUAAUCUGUUACAUGAAAUACCAAAGCCCUCUAAGGUAUCCUCUCUCUCUCACACACACACACACACACACACAC